CGUUACAAGGAAUGAAUCUUUCGGAAGGUGAUUCUCGUGCACUUAACACGUGGCAGAAAUUGUGUUUUAACGCCGAGUCGUCAAAUACAAGUCCUUCGUCAAGAGCGGACGCCUGGCGAAGAUUGCUUAUUCAAAUACACACUUUGAAAAGAAGGUUGGUGGAUGUAUAAUAAGACAAGCUUAAGCUUUUUGACCCAUAAAAUGUACUGCAUUGUAUUUAAUUGUUAUUGUAUCGUGGGCAAUUUUUAUCUAUUUAUGUCGUGAUGUUAUAGUUGAUCGGUACUUUCUAACUGGUCCCAGUUGUUCAAACGCUGGAUAAUUAUAACGCUGUCCACUGAAUAAAUAUAUCUAUCCUGCAGUGGAUGAUGGCGCAGUUGGUUUCCCUAAUAAGCCUACUUAUCUGGCCCCAGUUUUUCAAAAACGCUAUCCACUGGAUAAAUCACUAUCCACUGGAUAGCGGCGCAAUUGGUUUCCCUAACACUUAUUCAUCACUUAUCCCCUGGAUAGUGCAUGAUUUAUCCGGUGGAUAGUGCUAUCCAACGUUUGAACAACUGGAGCCUGCUGUUUAGUGAUUUAUGUGGUGGAUAGCACCAUCCAUCUUUUGAAACAAUACUAUUCGAUAACCUACUCUUCUCCAGACGUGCCCUAUACUGAGACAAUUAUGUACCAGUCAAUUCCAAAACCACCCAUGCCCCUGGGUAAACCCCUGAGCAUUCAACUUUUUUGAAAAAUUUUGGUCAAAAUCCCUGGUAUGUUGGCAGUUAAGAUGGUCAAAUGCCCCAAUGGCUAGUGCUACAAUAAGCAUCAAAUCCCCCACCCACCAGUGACAUUUCCAAAAUAAAUAUCUCACUAAACACAACUGAAAUUCUACAUCUGAAGUCUCAGAAAGCUGUCUUACAUAGGUUUGUUCAUUUCAAUAAAAUUGUGUUAUUUCCAGAAAGCCUCCAUUUAAUGCGCUUUUUCAAAGGCUCUCAAAUGCUCCAACAAAACGGUGAAUAUAGGGGCAAUGACCGGUGAGUGCAGUGCACAUGCUGAAUACGGAAAGAAUUAUGAAGUCCUUUUGCUUGCUUUUGGUCAAAUGCCCAACUGGGUGGUCCUCAUGUUGGGUUAAAUUCCCCACUUUACAGAGCAAAACUCCGGUCAAGUCCCUAUGGUAUGACCAGGGGGGAUGGGUGGUUUUGGAAUUGACUGGUAGAUUGUAGCGCCAGUUUAACUAGUGUGACUAUAUAGUUGCUGCUAGUCACAACAUUGCCAUCUUCCUCUGAUCCCUUACAAGCUGUUCCUUCAAGUUUUGAGCAUGGUCUUGUACUACUACAUGCAGCUAUUUUGACAUGAGGGAAAGGGAUCGCAAUCAAAAUGUGGGUGAUUGUGUAGGCAAAAGAAAGGAAAUCAGGCAGUAAAGUAAAAAUCACAAAACCAGACAGCACUAUGUUGCAGAGCCUUUGAUGUAUUUAACCUUUUGCAUAAAAAAUAGCCUGAGAAAACAGCUGACAUUUGGCGAUGCGGCCACUGGUUUCCCAGCCAAAUGACGUCUGAGAAACAUGUGCAGAAAUUCCAUACUGAUGACAUGUCGCUACCCAGAUGUGGGUAGUGCUUCUGAUUGGUUGAAUCAAAUAUCCCACGAGGCACGACCAAUCAGAAGCACUAACCAGAUCUGGGUAGUUAAUCAUCAUCAGUAUGGAAUUUCUGUGAUUGUUUCUCAGAUGUCAUUUGGCAGGGAAACCAGUGGUAGUGUUGCCAAAUGUCGGCUGUUUUCUCAGAUUAGAUAAAAACUCCUGUGUCGGAGGUUGAUUUUUAAUAGUUAAAUUUGUUUGAAACCCAAGUGGCAAAACUAUGGCCUUCGAGGCAGAAUGUGUCAAAGUUACUGUACAGUAGUGCUUAUUGUGAAGCCUCCCCAUGGAUGUGUCAGUUUGUUUUUCAUUAACUGUACAGUAUAUUCUGACAUUGGACUUGCUGAAGCCAGGGGUAAAGAGAUUUGAUGCAAUUCUAGGAGCAAUGUCAGUCUUAGUCUCAGAAACUGUGAACCAUAAAAUAAUAUUAAUUUGAUAUGAACCAAUAUUAGAAGAGUAUGUGUAAGAGUUGAAGACAUAUUUCAAGCUAUUUUAGAUGACCUAAAUGUCAAAAUUAUCUUCCCAAGGGAGCAUGUCUCCAGCUUCCCUUGUAUGCUCAUUCCACAGUGUUCAGGGCCAGAUUCCAGCUGAGAGUCUGAUUACCGCUUAACUCCAGGAGUUAAUUUUAAUCCUUGAGGUUGCACUUUGGUGGUCUUAACUGGAUCCAGGAGUUUUGCAUUAACAUUGUAGACAGAAAAAUUUCCUUAAAAUUUGGCUUAACCCUGGGUUUUAAUUUACUAUACUUUGAGAAACUGGGCUUGGUUCAAUAGGAAGAAAGACUAUAGAAAAAAUUACAACCCAAUUGCAGCUAGUCCACCCUUUUGUAUAUAAACCUUAUCACAGAAAUGACAAAGUAAAAUUUGCAAGUUUGCCAUUUUUUUUCUGGGUCAGUUGUAUUAGAAAAUUAAACACUCUAAUACAAGUAAAGCAUUCUUGUUUCUCUUUAGCAACAAAGUGUCUUGCCAGCUUUACACAAGGUUCUUACAGACAUUUGUGGCUCACUACUGUCAAGCUGUUGAUAAUCAGGAACCUGGUCAAGGUACUAUAAAUGUUGUGUUGUAUGAUCGGCUGAUUUGCAGCAAUUUAUUGCUAUAGUGCAACCCAGUCAAGCAAUCCAAGAAGAACAACAUUUUGAACUUGAUUAUUUCUACAUAUGAGGAAUUAAAAGUUCAUUAAUGAUUCUGACCAGAGUUGAAUUCUGAAUUGAGUUUGACUUGCUUCGUAUUUUUUGUUCUGUUUGUAAUUUGUUGUUUUCCUUCAUCCAGUGGCCAAAAUAUUGCUAAGUAUGCUUUUAGAAUAGGAUAAUGAAGUUUUGAAUGUAUGAAAAUUAUGUAUGUGAACUGUGGAGUGAAGAAUUAAAUGAAGGAUGAUCAUCGCAGUUAUAGUGCAACUUUUGCAGUUAAGAAAAGAAAGCCUGAAAAAAAUUAAGGCUUGUGCGGGAUUUGAACCCUUGACCUCUACAAUACCAGUGCAGCGCUCUACCAAUUAGGCAAAAAAGCCAACUGUGAGCAGGUUGUUGAUUUGGUUCGUUAUAAACCUGUGAAAGGAAGAUGAUGAAGUUUUGAAUAUAUGAAAAUCAUAUAUGUGAACUGCAGAGUGAAGAAUUAAACAAAGGAUGAUCAUCGCAGUUAUAUACGCAACUUUUGCAGUUGCAGGCUUGUACAAGAUUCAAACCCUUGACCUCUGCAAUACAAACAAACUUGUUAGCUUAAUUGGUAGAGCACUGCACCGGUAUGCAGAGGUCGAGGGUUUGAAUCCCGUACAAGCCUGAAUUUUUUUCAGGCUUUCUUUUUGCAACUGCAAAAGUUGUGUAUAUAACUGCGAUGAUCAUCCUUCAUUUAAGAAUAGGAUAACGAGGCAAAAAAAAAGGACAAGAGAAAAAGAAAAUCACCACUGGUCACCCAACCAGUUCCCGAUCACUUGAAUUGCAUUAACUUAAGCUGAGAUAUUCGCAAGGGGUUUUGCAAGGAUUUGCAAGACAAGUAUUGCGAGUUAUUAAGUUAAUUUCUUCAGACCUUUUUAGGUUAGUAUAGUUUAAAGAAAAGCAACAUUGGUAAACUAAUUUUAUAAUUUCUUUUUUUGCAGAUAGUUUAUGCAACUUAACUACUGACAUUUAGGGUAUAGUCCUUAAUGUUGAAAUAAAUUAAUUCACAUGUGCAUGUACCAUUACAUCAUAAUGAGUCUAAAAUUCAUUUCCCUAGGCUUAAAUAAUUUUGCUGAAACAGUGUUAGCUCUUGUCUCUGGUUGCCGAAAUGGUAAGUUGUUGGUGUAUUUAAGUAUUGGGCAGCUUCCUUCAGAGAAUGCAUGAUAUUAUAUGCUUUGCGAACAGAACAGAAAGCAAACUAAACUGUUGUUGUGGCUAGUGCAUCCUAUCAUUAAUUUUUUGUCUGCUUCUUAACAAGUUAUAUGACAUCAGAUAAUUACCAGGUAUUUGGUUAAUUUUUCAUUAUCUACAUAUAGAGUGUUUUCACAUGACGUAACGGCGGCCAUAUUGGUGUCCCAAAACAAUGAAACGGCAGCCAUGUUGGUGUCCCAAACCAGACCUUUGGGAGUUGAACUCUUUUCUUAUUCAAACGCUUUCUUUUGUUCUAAUACAUUUGCAUAGAUGUUGGCCACGUGAGUGAAAACACUCUAUAGUAUACGUUUUCUAACAAAUCAAAGAACAUUUGUUGUCCAAGAAAUUUCCAAAAUGAAUGACAGCACUUAUGACCAAAAUCUGUCAGUGGGCUUUACUAUGACAGCUGGAGUCUGGCAGUUUCACUUUAUCUGCUGCAACUCUCAAUCUAGCUCAUCUUAGUGCUUCAAUUUAUGAGAUUCCUGGAAUUUGUCCCACCCACUUUGACCUGUGUGAUUUUACCUAUUCUACCUUACAACUGAAUUAUUUUAAUAUGGCAUGAUGGGAUCCCAAUUACUGUGAACAAGAUAACAUUUUUUGGAAAUUAUGGUAAGGAUGAAAGAAAUAUUGAGAAAAAACAGAAGACAUUUGCAACUUUUUGUCUUCAUAAUUUUAUUUUCACAGAGAGUCAGAAUUGGAGCUCAGGAUUGUCUUUGGGAUGUUUACAAACCCUGCCCAUUUACAAUUCCAUUUUGACAAGAAAAGUGGUAAUGAAAUUGUAUUUUUUUUGUUUACAUUCAAGUAUCAGUCAUUUUCCCAAACAUUACCAUUAAUAACUCAUUAUGUGAAUCCAUUUUUGUGAUCUUUACCAGAAUUUUGUUUGUGUAGACGUAAACACUGUGUUUUUUUAAAUAAUAUUUCCUGCUUUUCUGCAAUUUGUUCCAAGGUGCAGGGUUCUCAAUAGAUUUUUAAGUAGGAGGUGAUCACUGAUAAAGUAGGAGGCUCUUCAGCAAAGCCAGAGGUGUGAAAACAAAGCAAAGAAAAGCGACUUAAAC